AUGGCAGGAGGUGACGAUCAGAAGCUGGAGCAUGAGAAGGCCUCAGCCUCAACAAGGACACCAGAACCAUGGGAGAAUCCCAACCACCCUUUAUUUCUCCAUCACUCGGAUCAGCCUGGUGCAGUACUUGUAUCGCAAUCCUUGAUGGAAGACAACUAUACACCAUGGAUUCAAUCCAUGAGCAUGGCUCUGACAAUCAAGAAUAAGAAGGGGUUAGUUGAUGGAUCCAUUCAGAGGCCAACCAACAGGAUUGAAGAACAGCAGCAGUGGGAUCGCUGCAACACUUUAGUCAAGACAUGGCUGCUAGGAUCAAUGUCGAAAGAGAUUUCUGGCAGCGUGAUUCAUUGCAAGAAUGCAAGAGACAUGUGGCUUGAGUUGCAGGAGCGUUUUUCUCAUACCAAUACUGUCCAACUAUUCAACAUAGAAAAUGCAAUCCAUGAAUGUGAGCAAGGAACCGGAUCAGUGACGUCCUUCUUCACCAGACUCAAGAGCCUCUGGGAUGAGAGGGAUGCAAUUUGUGAGAUUCCACCUUGUAGCUGUGAGGCAAGCAAAGAGCUUAAGUCGUACAUGGAGAACCAAAAGACCAUGAAGUUUCUAAUGGGACUCAACGACAACUAUGCUGCAAUUCGAAGCAACACAGUGGCAAUUGAUCCACUACCAACUGUGAACAAAGCAUAUUCAAUGGCAUUGCGGCAUGAGAAGCAAGCAGAGGCUUCGAAUGGGAAAGCAGUUAUUCAACCAGAGGCGGCUGUUUUUGCCGUCAAAAAGGGAAGUCGAGACCUUGAUUUGGGAGACGGCGAAGCUAGAUGUGAAAAGUGCCACAAGACUAAUCAUAGAACCAAAAAUUGCAGAGCUCAUCUCAAGUGUACUUACUGCGGGUGGAAAGGCCACACUUAUGAUUAUUGUAGAAGGAGAAAGGCUGCUGCAGAAGGAGGACAGGGAAGCUCAAAAGGAAAUCAUGUUGUUUCCAUGGAUGACAAGAAAUUUGAUGGAAUCAACUUUCCGUUUUCACAAGAAGAUUGCAAGCAGCUUGUUGAGUUGUUGAGUAAGAACAAGAUUGCCACAGCCAACCAAGUCGGUAAUAUCCCCAAUUAUGAGGAACUUUCAGGUAAAGCUUUAUGUUUUCCUCAACAUGGCAAAGCAAGUGUUUGGAUAUUGGACAGUGGUGCUAGUGAUCAUAUAGUCUGUACUCCUACUUUUCUCACUUCUUUGACAAUUGUUCACAAUCGUUUUGUUAAGUUACCGGAUGGUACCUCGGCCCAAGUUAGUCAUAUUGGCAAAGUGGUUUUCUCUCCUCAGUUCAUUCUACAUAAUGUCUUAUGUGUGCCACUCUUCUAUCUAAAUUUAAUCUCUGUUGGCAAGUUAGCACUUGAUUCAUUUUAUGUCACCAUCUUUCUCAGACAACUUUGUGUCAUACAGGACCUAUGA